AUGAAAGAUAGUUCAGACCCUGCCUUCUCGGAUGAUGAUACUUCUUUACCGUCGGAUGCAUCGCUAAUUCAACAGGAUUCCGCAUCGACUCAGCAAGAUAAACCAAGAAGAGUUGCUGUGAAACGUGUUUCGUCUCAAAGUCGUCGAACAGGAUCCAAUAAGGACACAAGUUUAUCACCACAAUUCAAGCGGUCGAAAGUUGAAGAUGUACAAGCUAGAGUACUGUCAUUUCAAGAAGCUCUUCAGUUUACGGUUACAUUACCUGCUGAAACACAGGCUGAUGAAGGAAAGGAGAACCGAAAGAAGAUUGAUUUGAAUGAUUCUACAUUGUUGGACGCUGAUGAAUACCUUUCUAUGAUUCGAAAAACUUCUGGUUUGUCUAAGGAUUUUGACGGGACAGCGGAAACAAAUAAUGGUAAGCAUUCAUUAAAAAUUAGUUUUAAUAUAAGUUUAAAAAAUAAUACUUUUUUUAAGUUACUUUACUUAAUUAUAUAUUUGCUUUUUUAGUUGAAGCGAUCAAGGACCCAUUUUUACCUCAAUCAAAAGAGUGCAAACUUAAACCUGACGAUGCUUCUUUUCUUGUUGUACCGUCACUACAGCCUCUAGAAUCUUCAAAGUCUUCUGAAGAUGAAGAUAACAUUGGUUCCAUGCUUUUGAACAAACUACCUCAACGAUCACUAUUUCCACUACACAAGGAUGAUGAUCUUGAUGAAAGAUGCGAUGUCAGUGUUUUUCGAGGCGAUCAGGUUGAAUGUUUCUGUCAAGAUGAUGACGGUACCUAUACAUCUGCUGAUGUCAAUAUGGAUGUUAUUAAGAACGAGUCUAUAGCAGAGUGGAAACAAUUUUUGGCUAUGUUUAAUCGAAUGGUCGGUAUGAACUGUUGUUUUUCGGCGAGAGAAAAGAACAAGUAUUUGAGGGAAAGAUUGUCCCCUGGAGCUCAAAAAGUUGCCAAUAUAGUGGACCCAGGAUUUAAGAAGUAUAGAAUCAUGUUACAAGCGGUCAAUAAGUAUUUUCAAAAUUUGUGGAUGGAUAAUGCUGACAACUUGUGUCAACUUUUGAUGCUACCUAGGACUAUUGGUCCUCUACCAGCAUACCGCAAGCUACAGAAAUUUUUGAGACAUUUGGAAACUUUCAACAGUGAAUUUUUGGAGAAUAUUAUACACACGGAAGAGGUAGACGGGUCACUUUUACACAAUGUAUUUGUGGACUUGUUGUCGGACGAUGAAAUGGAAUUUUUGAGGGCAUCUGAGCAUUUUGCAACAAAGAAAGGUGGUAAAAUACAUGUGUUGGUUCAAUGGGCAAUUGAAAGGUUUUCGGAAGAUUUGGCCAAAGAAGUUAUUAAUGAAUCAGAAGAAGGUGAAUUAUUGGAGGAUGUCGAUUUUAGACAAACCUUGGAUUAA